AUGGGAGUCACUCCCUCAAACAUAUACCUUUUGCUUAGAACUUGGCCCUCUCUGCUCAGAUGUGCUGACUUGAAGGAGGUUGUGGAGGAAGUCAAGGGAUUGGGAUUUCAUCCCUCCAAAACGCUUUUUGUUGUAGCGUUACAGGCCAAAAGGGGUAUAUCCAAAUCUCUUUGGGAUGCCAAAGUCGAUGCCUUUAAGACAUGGGGCUGGUCUGAAGAUGCUAUUCUGGAUGCAUUUAGGAGGAAUCCCAAGAUUAUGCUAUACUCAAUCAAAAAAGUAAAUGCAGUGAUGAGUUUUUGGGUAGGUCAUCUUGGUUGGGACCCUUCAGUACUUCAAGCCGUGCCAUCACUUUUUGGAUAUAGUUUGGAGAAAAGGCUUAUGCCAAGGGCUUCAGUUGUCCAGUAUCUUCUCUCCAGAGGUUUGAUGAAGAAGGAUGCUAGCUUAUAUACACCGUUUAAGUAUACUGAUAAGUUGUUCCUGCAAGAAUUUGUGAAUUGUUUUGAGGAGGAGGAAACAUCUAAGCUACUAAGUCUAUAUCGGGGAGGACGCUAG